CCCUCCUACUGAUUGGCUGUCCGGGUUGUCUCUGCCGUGUCACUGGCUGAAGUUGAUGUCCAUCACAGUGGUUUUGUCUGGUGACAAAAAGGCAUCCAUCCGCACUCUUGCCUCUGUCAGCACUGCUGCAGUGUUGUUAAGUUGUAUUACUUAGUAACAGUGUAACCAGGAUUCUUGCUCUUUGGUCGCAAUGAAGCGUAACUGCAGGUGAAGGGAGGAUCAGAGUCAAACAUGGGAACAAACAGCCAGAGCGCCACCGUGGAAACAGAAGAGAACGCCCAAACUCCUGCGGCGUGCAUCGUUUCUGUGAAAGGCUUGAAGGAAAACUGGCAGAAAUGGUCCAGCGAACACCAGGAGUACCAGAAGCACAAUCCCUUCAGUCACAACACCAGACCGAGCACGGUGGUCCCUUCGAGGGGAGGGGAUGAGUAUGGGAAACCCCUGCAGGGUUCCCUGACAGAGCAACGUGGGAAGGAUGCUCACACACACAUCAGCCGAGAGGUUCAGGAGCUGUGUGAGGUCAUAAGGAGCAUUGGGGAGUCGGGGGGCAGCGAUGGGAAAGUGAUUACUGUAAGAUUUGGAAAGUUGUUUGAGCAUUAUGUGACUAUCUCGAAUAAACUGGUUGGGAUUCUUCUGCGAGCGAGGAAACAGAGACUGGUUGACUUCGAAGGGGAGAUGCUGUGGCAGGGGAAGGAUGAUCACGUAGUUAUCACUUUGUUGCAGUGACCAGAAAUGUUUAGAUGCCUUGAUUCAUUGUGCGUGCAGUACACGCAGGUACACAGGCACUUGAUGUGGCAGCUUGUGCAGACAAAGAACGUGGGGAAACCACUAAAUGUCAGUCAAAAUGAGAAAAGGUAACUGUUCGAACCUGAGCAUUUUUUUCCCUCCAGCAGCUGGUUGACGAGGUGAAAGUGGAGCAGUGAGCAGUUGAGAUGACAUCAGAUUUGCUAAUGAGACUGAACCGAAGCCAAAGAGAACAUGAGGCUGCCUGUGACAGACAUAAUGGUGCUAUAGGAUGAACUUGACCCGACUUGGCCUGACUGCUUCAACAUGUAUUUAUUUUAAGUGUGCUUUGCAAUGACACAAUAUUGCUACAGUUCCAAAUUUUGAAACUAAUAGUGAAGCUUUAAAGCAAUAAGAACCACAUCAUAAGGAACUAUAGACUGAGUACCAGCUCUUUUUGAAAGUAUGAAAGUACAGGAAUAUAUUUUUUUUAAACACACAGCAUUAAUAGAUUAACACUAAUUGUAUCAUAAUAAACAUAAGAAACAAUGUCUUGUGUGUUAAAGUGUUACUGCAGGUGAGUUAAGAGUGAAACUGAAAAAGGGUCUGUAUGUAAACCAUACUGAGAUACUACAAAGGCACUGAGAAGCAACAGAAUACUGUUUAUUCUAAAUUAAAGCCAUUUUUAAAGUGCAUACCUUUUGUACAGUACAUUUUGUUGUUGUUGGUUUUAUUCCAAUUACCAUUGUAAAG